AUGACCUGUACAAGGCCAGAUUUAAGCUGGGUGAUCAGUAAACUGUCACAAUACUUAUCAGAGCCAACAGAACAACAUCUAACCACAGCUAAGCAUGUGAUAAGGUACUUAAAGCGUACUAUUGACUAUGAGUUGUGCUACAGAACAUGUAGUGAAAACUUGAAACUUAAGGUGUAUAGUGAUGCCGAUUGGGCCUCUGAUGUGAAUGAUAGGAGGAGUAUGACUGGAUACUGCUUUAGCCUAACCAAGAAUGGUCCACUGACUGUAUGGAAAUCAAAGAAACAGCCCAAUGUAGCUCUAUUUACAUGUGAAGCUGAAUACAUGGCAUUGACUGCGACUGCACAGGAAAGUCUGUACCUUGUGCAGUUACUUAAAGGAAUGGAUAAAAGGUGUCAUGAACCAAUACAAAUCUUUGGAGACAAUCAGGGUUCAAUUGCUCUUUCAAGGAAUCCUGUUUGCUGUCAGAGAUGUAAACACAUUGAUAUCAAGUACCACUUAGUUUGA